AUGCGUCAGCUGCAAGAGGUCCAGUUGAAGCAGAUGGAGAGAAAGGAUGGCCCAGAAGUCGUGAAGCCGGGCAUUUCCUCACUACCGACACUUGAGCUCCCUGGCAAGGACACGAGCCCUGUAGAUAUCCAGGACUGGCUGGAAGAAGUGGGUUCGAUCAUGGGAGACCUCUCUGAUACAAGUCAUGAGUGGUGGUCAGGUGUGCGGGAAAUCGCCGACGGUCACUACAAAAAGUGGGUUACGGCGACUCCGAUGGAGAAGCUGGAGCAUGGAAAAUAUGGCCGGGUCAAUGCAAGGGCGGCAGGGAUGAUCCUGAGUGCCCUCCCGCCGGAGGUCAAAAGCGAGAUGGUGACGAAAAAGGUCACAGGUUCGUCGCUGUCGCUCGUGUUCAAGCUGCUCACUACGUACAGGCCGGGCGGCGAGCAGGAGAAAACGUUGUUGCUUGAGCAGUUGACCUCGCCCGAAGGCGCGCAAACGCCGGAAACGGCGGUGCAGGCGCUUCGAAGGUGGGGAAGAUGGUUCACGAGGGCCAAGGAUCUCACCGUGGCGGUCCCCGACCCAGUGCUCAUGGUGAAGGGGCUGGCGCUGAUCGUGGCCCCGGUCUUGGUAAAGAACCAGGAUGUGUGGCUGCGAACAACUAUGAUGAGAAAUCGGUUGCAGCUAGAUAGUAAUCCAACUGAGGUUACAACGCUGGACUUUCACAAGCACUUGCAGGCAGAAAUGGAACUACUGAGUACCAGCACCGCAACAGCAGCCACUUCGAGGGCAAGUGCGAGGAUCAAGAGUGCAUCGGCAGCUCAGGAUUCGCCAUCUACUACCACAGCUCCCGCGGCAAAGGUCAAGCCGGACAGGAAGGAGAAGCUCUGCAAGUGGUUUGCGAAGUCGGACGAUGGAUGUCGGCGAGGUGCUGAUUGCCAGUUUCAGCAUGAUUGGGGGAGCACUUCAAAGGCAGGCCGAUGCUUAACGUGUUCUGCUGUGGGCCAUCAAAAGAAGGACUGCCCUACAAAGAAGCACUCAGACGCUCCACAGCAGUCACCCGCAAGUGGGGGUUCCAAGGGCAAGGGCAAGGGCGAUAAAGGCGCGACCUCCUCUACGGCAUCUUCCUCUACUACGGCAGCCCCAGCGACGAGGUCAGUCACAACGGCGACGACUGCCAAGGACACGCCCCAGCCGGGGCCCGAGCCCUCGCCCACCGGGAGCCCAACGGGUGCCUCGAAGGAGCCGCCAGGGGACUUGCAACAAAUCCUGUCUGACGCGCAUCAGAUGUUGAAGUCUAUGAUGGCGACUACGGCACCAACGACGAGUUCUACUUCAACGGGGGCUCCAACCUACGAGUCAAUCCAGCGCCAGCUGGACGAGAUGAAGCUGAAAACGUUGAAGGUCAAAGCAGCGGCGUCCGAGGAGGACAACGGCCGAGGAGCGUUGCUCGACUCGGGGGCUACACAUGUGCUUCGCCCUGCAAGGGACGAGAUGGAGCAUUUGAACAGCAAGGAGGUGCCGGUGGUGUUGGCGGGCGACGAGCGGCGUCUACUACGACAAACACCAGCGGGCAGCAUCAUCCUGAAUCCCCGUGAAGGAGAGCAAGCGCAAACUAUAAUCCCUCUCGGCAAGCUCGUUGAAUCCUUAGGCUGCACCCUGAGAUGGACCCGUGGAGCCCUGAUGCUCCGUCACCCGAAGUAUGGGACAAUCAGAACUCGGAUUCGAGCUGGAUGCCCGGAGAUUGCUGAUGAAGUUCAAGCAGCCCAGCUGAUUGCAGAGCUGGAGUCACGGAGGGUGGAGGAGCUACGCCAGAAGACAGAAGACCUUCAGGAUCGGCUCAAUGCGAUCAAGAUGAUGGAGGUGAAGAAAGAUGACUGGAGGCAGGACCUUGCGGCCUAUGCGGAAGGAGGCUGCGUUGUGGAUGGUUUGCAAGCGCUCUACAAAUCCCCGGUCUUCAAGAACCUCCCCGAGGACGUCCUGAUGGGCAUGACUCCCUAUGUGGAGGCGAAUGAUAAGGAUGGCUGGGAGUACCUGAAGGCGCUCCCGGUGUCGAGGCGGAUUCGAAAGAAGCUCCUGCGGUCAAGGGCGUGGGUGCUCAAUCUUUAUGGUGGGCGGAACCUGAAGCAGGACCCCGUGCAGUCGUUGAAUGGUCAGAUCAAUAAGGACACGAACACCGAGGUGGUCGUGGUGAAUGCGGAGAUCCUCCUGGAUGGUGGUUGGAGCGUGCGGGGCAAGGCCUACAAAGCGAUGAUGUGGGCGGCAAUGACCUCGCGGAUCAAAGCCGUGAUAGGAACCCCGCCCGUGAAGACCUUCGAGUCCCGACCGUAUGUGGAUUCCAAGGAGCCAAAGCCAAGGAGAACCGCCGAAGAGCCCUAUGGAGUCACGGGACUAAAUCCUACGGAGAUCUUCUAUGUGAAUAAGGAGACUUCUUUGGUCGCCAGGCAGUUUCUCCUCUACCUGGUGGCGCACGCCUGUUCGAAGGGGAAGCAGGUGGCCUGGAUGAUGAGCGCGCCGGGAGACCCAACGGAAACAACAGACCCUCGCGAAGGAGUGAAUCUUUGGCAAACACCAAUGGUCAAGGAAUUUCUCGAGGUGAUCAAACCGUUGGGAGCGUCAAUGACUACGGUUGGCGUAACGGAAGAUGAAGAGGGAAAAGGCCCAGCGCUCACCGUUAGCAGCAACUUUGGCGCGAAUGAGCUCAUGGAGCCCAGCGAGGAGAUCUCUACUCCGAUUUCUACGACGUGGUGCGAAGCAAAGGCACGAACGAGAAGGUCGGCAGCAACGGCACUAAGGACUUCGGGAGUGGCGUCUACAGUAGCCUGGGAGCCUCAAGGCGAGCUCCGCAAGUUGACAGCGGAGCAGGGAUGGAAGCUGCAUGUUCAACGAGAUCAUGUACCCUAUAGAAAGGACUGCGAGUACUGCGUGAUGAUGAUGGGGUCCGGAAAACAGCAUAGGCGAACGAGACAGAAGAGUGCCUAUGUGCUGAGCAUCGACGUUGGCGGGCCAAUGAGGAUCAAGAGCAAAGACUCGCAUGGACGGGGGUACCGUUACUUUCUGGCAGCAUCCUACUCAAGGCCAAGGUUUCCAGAUCAAGAUCCACCCCCAGAACCUGAUCCAGGUGAUAUGGCCUCGCUGGAGUAUGACUUCUCCGACUUGGAGCCUGAAAAGGCGGUGGACGAGCCGUUGGACGAGGAGGGGCGACAAGCGCUUUUGGAGUCCGAGCUAGCGGACAUAGAGCCUUCCGAGCCGGAGGUUGAAGAGGAGUUGCCGCCGAAGGUUCAGGCCAUGAAGGCGGCGGACAAGCUGUGGGAUGAUGAUGAUCUAGCAGCGGAGGAACAGGCGAAGGUAUCGGCAGAGCAAGAACCACUGGAAGGGAACCACGAGAUCCCAAUGGAUCACCUCUACUUUAUGAAACCCCUCAAGACGAAGACGGGGAAGGAAGUCAUGCGAGCGAUCCAAGAGGUGGUGCUACAGCUACGACAAGAAAAUCUGCCUGUGCUUCGUAUCCAUUCGGACCGCGCCCACGAGAUGAGAUCCCCGGCGUUGAGAGCUUGGACGCUGGACAACAACAUUUGGCUCACAAGGACCGAGGGCCAGGCUCCUCAAAGCAAUGGCUCAGCGGAGAGGGCAGUGAGGUUCCUAAAGGGGCGAGCAAGGAUGUUGUUGAAGGCAGCGGGCCUGGGAACCGAGCACUGGGCGACGGCAAUGGAGGCGGCAGCACACCGGCAGCGUGAAGAACGACUACGACCAGAGGAUCCACAGGUGCCGUGCCCCUAUGGGACUCGAGUGGCAAUCAAGAAGAAGCGGUACGGGGAUGGAGGACGACAUGAUCUACUACCUCACUGGACGAAGGGGGUCUACAUGGGACCGGUGUGGGACGUGAACGGCGGCUCGGUGAUCUUGGAGGACGAGAGCAACCGAUUUACCGUUACUACCCACCUUAGGGCGCGACUCCGUGAUCCGGGAUCCUUAAAGGAUGAGGAGGAGAUCGAAGUGCUACCCCUGAGGCCAGCGAGAAGGCUACGAGGAAAGGGACCCAUAGGACCAGACGGCGUGGCGGUGAAGAGUUUGGAAAAGAAAGACGAGGGCAAGCUUCGGGAGACCUUGGUGAAGGAAAUCCUUGACCUCAUGGCGCGGGAUCCAGUUCACAAAGUGAAGAGACCCCAGCUUGCGAACGAGAAGGUGAUGCACGAGGAUACCAGCUACUCCACCGUGGGCGCCUACAACUUCGGGGGAAAGUUUGGGAUCACAAAGUAUACCAAGGAGGCCCCAGAGCUCACGGCAAGGGUCACUCAGCUACUCCAGCACGAUUUCCCAGGGGAGGUUUUUACGUCGGCAACAAUUGUGAGGAAUGCGGCCAUGCCAACCCACAAGGACUCCUUCAAUGAGCGGCAUUCUUACAACCUGAUUUCACCGCUGAAGGUCACGAAGGGUGCAGGUGUAUGGGAGGAGCUGCAGGCCGGCGAUGUUUUCAAGGGCAAGUACCACUCCCUGGAUGUGAACGGCAAGGAUGUGCCUGGCCAAGUCCACCAGCUGACAAGCCCUGUCAAGGUGAAUCCCAGGAGGUGGCACAGUCCAAUUCAAGGGACUGAAGGCCCCCGCGUAUUGAUUGCGGGGCACACCAUCAACUCGUGGAGGAAGCUCACUAACGACAUGCGCGAGGAGUUGUUUGAGAAUGGGUUCGUUCUCCCUGAUGAAGAAGACUUCGAGGCACGGCUCAAGGCGUUGAAGGAGCAGACCGAGAAGAUCAGUGGAGCUGAGUACGAGGUUGAUGAGGAGGACUUUGUGCUCACCGGAGAGGCGAGAGACUCUAUCGUGGAGGUUGAUGAGGAUGUCAAAAGCCUCUACACUCGGGACAUUGAGAAAGUGCUCGCGGAGCUCGACGGCGACCUACGGGUGGUGCAUACGGUACACCCCAGUGAGGUGGAGCAGGCCAUCGACGAGUGGAUUCCCGCCUUGAAGGCAGAAGUGGACACCCUGGUUGGCAUCAACGCUGUGAAGAGGCUGCGAGGGAAGGAGGCCAGAGACUACAUGGCCCAGCCCGGGACGGUGAUAGUCCCCGGAAAAGCAGUCUACACAGUGAAACCGCCCUCCAAGGAGGGCACAAGAUAUCGACGAAAGGCUCGCAUAGUGUCGUGUGGAAACUUUCAGCCAAAGUCCGAUGAUGAAAUCAACUACUCCGGAGGAGCGGUUGCAGAGGCGGUCCGGCUGGGGAUCGCAGAGGGCUCGCGGAGAAAAUGGUCCGCGUGCACUGGAGACGUGGUCAGCGCCUUCCUGCGGGCUCCGGUUCCUGAAGGCACUCGCUUGGCGCUGCGGCCGCCGGCAGCCCUUGUCAAGGCCGGCCUAGCAGAACCCGACGAGAUCUGGGUAGUGCAAAUGGCACUGUAUGGCUUUAGAUCGUCACCGCGGUGGUGGAGCACCCAUAGGACCCAGAAGAUGAAGGAAGCCAUCACAAAGGCCGGGCUGACAUUUGUCCAAGGCCAAGCAGAUGCUGAUGUGUGGCAAAUCAAAGGGGCCGACCAAUCCACAGUUGGCCUGAUGAUUGUCUACGUGGAUGAUUUUCUUAUUCUGGGACCACGAUGGGUGACGGAUGAUGCCUAUGAGUGGAUGGCAUCAACAUGGGAAGUCACUCCGUGCCAGUAUGCGUCGCCUACGGCAUCAGUGAGAUUUCUUGGCAUGGAAAUCAAGCAAGAAGUGGAUGGCGAGGGAAACAUAUCCGGCUACGCCCUGGAUCAGGAGGGGUACAUCCAAGAACUUCUACGCCAACACGAUGUGGGACCGACGAAAAAGUCCUUACUGCCGUCGGCUAAAGAGUGGAUGAGUUUGGAUGCCGGAACUUUUCCGGAGACCUAUACUCAGGAGCAGCUGCGAGCAGCCCAGUCGAUCACAGGAGAGCUGGCCUGGCUGGCCCAAAGGUGCAGGCCAGAUCUGUCCUACACCGUGAGCGUGAUGGGAAGUUUAACCACGAGAGACCCAGUGCGGGUCUGCACCAUCGGGCGCAAGACCCUCGCCUACCUCAAUGCCACAAAGGAGUGGAAGCUCAACUACCACACCGGCGGCCUACCGGAACUCGUCACCUACACGGACAGCAGUUACUCCCCUGAUGGGGAGAAAAGUCAUGGAGGAGCAGUGGUGUUCUGGGCAGGGGCACCGGUGGCAUGGAAGAGCAGCAGGCAAUCGUUGGUGACAACCAGCAGCGCCGAAACGGAGCUGCUAGAGGCGUCGGAGGGAGCGACCCUCACCUAUUCGAUCGACGCUAUGCUGUCGGACGUGGGCGUAACCCCCACAUCCCGUGAGAUCCGAGUGGACAACUCGGCAGCCAUCACGUUAGCCUCCGAAGAGGGUGGCAGCUGGCGAACAAGGCACUUGAAAGUGAGAGCGGCGGCUUUGAGACAGAGGAUCCAAGACGGCUGGGCAACCAUAGCCUACUGCCCAGGGGAAUGGCAGCUUGCCGACGGCUUGACGAAGAUCUUGGCUUCGAAACGCAUGGAAAUGCUGAUGCGAAAAUGGGGCCUGGGGAGGCCAGGAGAACGAGAUCGAGGAGAAGACGGUCAAGAGCGACUUCGGUGUCUGCAAGCCCCAGCAAAGCAACAGGAGCAACGAGAGCAGCAAGAACACCUGCAGCCCACCAGCAACACAACAUCACCUACACCAUCCACAGCCCACGGGAAGAACUUGGGUUGUUGUAUGGGGUUGUUAGUGCUAGCUCAAUGGUUAGUAAGCGUACAAGGGCAUAGGGUUACAGAAACCGACCCGGACCCCGAGCCGUUGUCUCUAACUACUUCCUGGGAGCUGUACGCACUGGCAGCGAUGCUGAUGAUUUGCGCGGUGGCUAUGUGGGAAGGCUGCAAGAAUGCAGUCAAGGGAAGAGGCGAAGUGGCGAGGCUGAGGAGCGUCGAGGCCGCACAAGGGCGUCAACGCUUAACAAAAGUGGAGCUACGGACGCUGAGUGCCUUGCUGCAGCGAGAUCGGGAAUCUCUCUCGCAUGAGGAGAGAAUGGACUUGAUUCAUCUGGCGGGCCUUUGUGGCUCAGAUGUCUCGGAGGCAGUGGGGAUGAAUGUCUCGAUGAAGCCUACGAGACAAGAUGAGCCCCAAAGGGAACAGACAUGUUCUGCCGGGGUCAAGCCAGGAGAGGAGGACUACCCCCCUCCGCCGAAGCCGUAUGCGACCCCGGAAAGGCCAGUGAAGAAGAGUUCAAAGAUGAGCUCGCCAAUGCCGAUGGCGAGCUGGGAAGAUCCGAUGUGGACCGAAAGGCCCCAGCUGGUCAGCGGUCGUUCCCGGAGAAUCCCGGCAACGCAAGAUGCGGCUAUACAGUGUGAGCUGCAAGGGGAAAUCCCAAAGAAGGUGUUCAUGACGCCAAAGGGGACGUGCGUUCAUGCAUCGAGGUCGUGCUCUACCCUGAAUUUAUCUACGAGGUUUCAGGAGCGCGACGUGUGUCAGAAGUGCAUAAAAGGCCAGCGUGAGGAGACCGAGUACAGGGGAUCCAGCUGGCUAAGAUGA